AUGGAUUUCUUCAUGAAGGAGGACUUCACUGUAAUCAACAUCAGUAACGAAAGAGGACGUGAUGGAUUAAAAGGCAGUGACAGCCAAGGAUUCAACCACAGUGACCCUCUGGACAUGUUUGUGGGCAUGGAGCUUCUCCUGCGGUUCAAACCUCUCUUCCUGCCUCUCUAUAGCAUCAUAGUGGUCGUGGCUGGUGUUGGAAACUCCUUCCUUUUGGCUUGCAUCUUGGCUGACAAGAAACUCCACAAUGCCACCAACUUUUUCAUUGGAAACUUAGCAGCUGGAGACCUGCUAAUGUGUUUGAGCUGCGUACCACUGACCGUGUCAUAUGCCUUUGACAGCCACGGCUGGGCCUUCGGAAGACCUCUUUGCCACCUGGUCCCUUUGCUGCAAUGUGCCACAGUGUUUGCAUCAGUGCUUUCACUCACUGCCAUUGCUGUUGACCGCUACAUUGUAGUCGCUCACCCUAUCAGGCGGAGGAUCUCUGUGUGGGGUUGUAGUGCAGUGACUGUGGGGGUUUGGCUUCUAUCUCUGGCCCUAGCUGCGCCUCCAUCUCUCUACACACGGUAUUUGGACCUGCGACCGAGUGGCAUAGACCUUGUUGUGUGCGAGGAGUUCUGGCCAGAUAGUGGCAACCUGCGGCUUCUCUACUCCUGUUUCAUUCUUAUAGCCUCCUAUAUGAUCCCACUGCUAUCAGUCAGCUUAUCAUACUGUGCUAUUACCAUUAGCCUAAAGCGCUAUUCAGUGCCUGGGGAGCCUUCAAAUAGCCAGCAGCGCUGGAGCCAGAGAAGGAAGAAGACCUUCUCUCUGCUGGUGGCUACGGUGCUGGCCUUUGCCCUGUGUUGGCUGCCACUGCAGGUACUGAACCUGUUGCUGGAUCUGGACCCAGACUUUCACAUCAUAGGGAAGCGCUACAUUAACGUCUUACAAGUCUGCUGUCAUAUGGUGGCUAUGAGCUCUGCCUGUUACAACCCCUUCAUCUACGCCUCCCUUCACAGCAAGGUGCGCAUGCACUUAAAAGGCUACCUGUGCCCUUGUCGGAGCAGGAUGAUUGUGGAGAGAUCGACUUCCAGGAACUGA